AUUAAAAGAUAAAAAAAAAAACGAAUCUGUUCAGAAACUGGUCUCGCCAAGAAUAGGGGAAGGUUUUCAAAAUCAAAUAUUAGCGGAGAGACAAAGCGUGAGGUCUCGUUUGCAUCUUCCUCCUCUCCCUCUCCAUCUCUUAUACGAUGCCGUAUCACUCCUUUUCUUCUUCUUCUUCUACCAAUCCUCUCUUCUAAACAAGGAUCCACCGUUGGAUCCGUUCACCUUCUUCCCGUGGAGAUCUCCUGAGCUUGAAUGAUGCAGAGCCGCCAUGCCUACUUUCUCUGCUAUUGCUUUGGAUAGAAUGAUAGAGCCAGGAGCUUCCACAUCUGCCGAGACCACCGUUCCAAGCACAAACUCGCAGUAUUAUUAUUCAAAGCCACCAAUAUCAAAGGUGGAUAAAGCUAAAUCACUUAAUGAGAGGAGGAGGACGUUCACUCGUCCUAAGAUGUCACCUGCUCUCUACGCCACUCCUGAUGCUAUCCCGCUACCUAACUCCCCGUCUUCCUUCCCGCCGUCGCCUUAUAUCAUCAACCACAAGUCCCGCGGGCCGCCGCGGCUUUUGAAGAGCUCUUCCGAGGCUAAUGUGGCUUCCCAGCAGAAGACUGUGGAAGAUGAAGCUGCAGACGUAAAGGCUUCACCUCGGAGGAAGUCUACUUCGUUCUCGUUUCCUAUAAGUGAGCCUACCGAAGAGGAUUUUGGUGGGGUUGUUGAUGGUCCUUUUGGGAGUUGGAGUGGGAAGUCGGAUUUGGAUAGUGCUGCCAAUGGUUUAGAGCGGGAAAACAAUCUGCCGGAGCCUGUCUUCAAAGCAGAAAAGGAGAGUGAGUCUGAAGAUUUCUAUGACCCUGGUGAGUCAGCAAGCUUUACAAGUAACGCAGAGGUAGAGGGUGAUGCAGGAGAGGAUGGUUCACAGAAACUUGCUACCACUGUGGGAGAGUUUUAUGAUGCUUGGGAUGAACUAUCAACCGACAGUGGAAUGCAGACUUCAGCUAACAACAUUGAAUCUGAACUAAGGGAGAUAAGGCUGAGUUUACUGAUUGAAAUUGAAAAGAGAAAACAAACAGAAGAAGCUCUAGAGCAGAUACAAACACAUUGGCUGAAACUCCGUGAGCAGCUGGCUCAGGUCGGUCUGUUCAUUCCUAUCAAUCCUACCACGUCAACCAACAACAUGAACCUAUCGGAAGAACUACGUUGCCAACUCGAGGUUGCUAGGUUUGUCUCAGACUCUCUAAGCAGAGGUAUGGCCAAGGCAGAGGCAGAGAUGGUGAUGGAAUCUAAACUCGAAACUAAGAACUUUGAGAUUACAAGAUUGUCUGACCGAGUACACUACUACGAAGCCGUGAACCGAGAAAUGUCCCAGCGAAACCAAGAGGCCAUAGAGGUGGCACGACGAAAGAGGCAGAAGAGAAAGAAGAGGCAGAGAUGGAUAUGGGGAUCAAUUGCAGCAACCAUUACUCUAGGAAGCGCGGCGUUGGCAUGGUCUUACAUUCCUACUGCAUCAAAACCAUCUUCUGAAGUAUCACAAACUCUUAAGGAUGAUUAAGUAAGCCUCUUGUCUUGUCUCCAUAAUGGGUGUUUGAUAUGAGCAAGAGAAAUAAGAUACAGGACGUUUAGCACACGCCUUGUGAAUACAAAUAUAUAUACAUAUUUGGUUAUUGUUUUAACCGUUCAAGAUGAUGUAUAGCUUCCAAGUAGCUGUAAUACACAUGUUUUUUUUAUUACGGUGGCAUACUAAAGUGGAAGCCACAUUCACUAAUAUUUUGGUUCGUGUUACCUGUUAUUAACAUUCAAUGUUAGCUC